UAUGAUCACCGUGCAGUAUUCGGAUUCGCCACACGAACAUGUCCGCCUGGCAAGUCAAGGGGAUGCACAGAACUCGGCUACACUUGAGUAUCUCGCUGAGGGUAACGCGAAUAUCGUUUACUCCUUUCAACCAAUCGCCAACAACGUGCUUCCUCAUGGUCUCCGCCAUAAGCUCUUGCGAUUGAGGAAAGACAAGUCUUUUAUCCAACCCACGAAGGCUCAGUCCUCGACUUUCCAACAAGAAUUUCUUCCGUUGUUUCGACCCAACAACCUUGUAGAGCAAACAUUGAUCACGCUGGAUGAAGUGCUCAUCAGACGUCUCAAUCAGGAGCUUGAAGAGCAUGAGAAUAGAAAGCUUCGAAAACAUGUGCGCCACGGUGAUCGAUUAGCAAUCGAUGAGUAUGGCUUGCUGAUGACUGACAUGACUGCUCGUCGUGGCGAGUAUCUAUUCGAAAUCAAGCCCAAGUGGUUACUACAAUCACCCGACGCACCUGAAGGCUCUCAGAGAUGCAGAACUUGCGCGUUGAGAUUGCAAAGGGCUCAUGCAACGGCUCGAGGCGCCGUAAUGCCGAAACCAGGCGGAUUCUGUCCCCUUAGAUUAGUUGACGACGACGUUGGAGAAAGACAAAUGGCUUUUAGGAGCAUCAUUGAAGCACAGGCUGGUGAUCUGCCCAAUGGAUUUGUGAGCUCGGUCGUUGCCUUCCUAGCAGAAAAGGGGUACCAGGUUCUCGAAACUCUUCGCAAGCACCAAUUGCAGUUCGACAAGUACGGUUUACUGAGCCUAAGCGCCGAGGGAACAUCAAACGACUAUUCAAAAGCAAUGACCCUCCGUGAUUGUGUGUUGUUCGUCAAAGGCUCCCUAGACGCAUUCGAGAAUACAGCAGACAUCCGCCUAGCAGACCUGGAUUUCAAGCAUGCUCAUCCGGACAAGGUAGAAAAGUGGAUGGACACUGAAAGAACACUCAUAGACGAAGGCUGGUACACGAACACUGAGAUCGAUGAAGCACCUGGCUCAACGUGUUUGCUUACUCGAAGAUCACUU